UCAAAAUGAGCAACUACUUAAGCUUCAUCCCAUGUACAAGACUUUUAAUUAUUACCUGUUUUAUAACAUAUCUAGGACUUUUAGCAUUCACCCUUCUAGUCCCAGCACCUACUUCUAUUCAAUAUGUCGGAGUUUAUCAGCCAAUUUUUGGAAAAUUGGAAGAAAAUGGGAGUUUGGUGGUGAAAGGAGAUUUAUGGGAUAGGUGUGACUUGCCGGAUUAUGAAAUAUGGAACGAUGAUAUUUUGAAGUACCUAAACAUGGAUGAGACACCAAUUACAAAAUGCAACAUUGCUCCGCCAUUAACCUACCUGAUAAAUGGCUCCUGGAAUGCGGUCAAUGCCUCUGCAGGUUAUGAUUGUAAAACUAGAUGUCACUGGCGGAAAGACGAUCGAACGAAUUUCAUAGGAAACUGGAACUCAACUCCAGGACCUGUAGACUGUGAAUUUCUGGAAGCAAUUUGUCUGAAAGAUAAUUUAAAAGUGUACGGGUACAUGCACUCACAAAUUAUACCAACACCUCCAAUAACACCAAAAGUUGAUGUAAGCAAGCUUCAACAAUAUGACGUCACCGUCAUUCUCCUGGACUCUCUUGCACAUGCUCAAGCUUUAAGAUCGCUACCACGAGCAAUAUCCUACAUGACUAGUCAUAUGUCCGCAGUGGUUUUUCCUUAUGUAAAUAAAGUCGGAGAGAACAGUCGAUCGAAUGGGGUACCACUUUGGUUUGGAAAAUCAUUGGAAAAACUGGAUAAAUCACUUUUCGAUGAGGAAGAUGUUACGGUUGAUUGGACUCAUGAGUAUAUGUGUAAUGAAUUUAAAGAUAAUGAAACUUCAAUCUUCAAUGAGUUUCGAGAUUAUGGGUAUAAAACGCUUCUUGCCGAAGAUUGGGCAGAGGGAACUCUAAACUUUCCGAAUUGCAAAGGUUUUGACAAUCCUCCAAUUGAUCACUAUAUGAGACCAUUUCAAAACGCAUUGGAGCGACCCCAUCACGGAGAAUUCAUUACAAGAAAUCACUUGAGCCCUGGGAAUCUAACACGAGAACAUCACAAUACACUACUAGAAUAUCUAUCAAAGUUUAUGAAUGCUUACCCAAAUGAGAAAAAGUUUAGUUGGAUUUGGGCAUCACAUUUGGGUCAUGACUCGAUGAAUGGAUUCUCACAUGCUGAUAAUGACUUUUACAAUUUUUUGGUUAAACACAGGGAAAAGUUGGAUAACUCGUUUGUCAUUUUAAUGGGUGAUCAUGGACCCCGAUUCGGAGCCAAUAGAAAAACGGUUUCAGGAGAAUUAGAGGUGCACAAUCCAUUUUUAGGAAUUUCAAUUCCAAAAGCAUUACGCAAGACUACGGAGAUUUUGAGUUUAAUGAAGGGAAAUGCGAAGAAAUUGCAAACUCAUUAUGAUACACGAGCUACUAUUCUGGAUAUUUUGAAGUAUCAAUCUACCACCAACUUCUUGGACACAGAAAUUCUCAAAAUUCCGGGAGAAAAGGGAUUUUCAUUUAUUCGGAAGCAACCUGACACACCGAGAAACUGUAAAACAAUGCCCAUACCAAUUCAAUAUUGUCUUUGUAAAUUUAAUAGAACAACUGAAUCAAUACACAGUGAUCUCGCCCAUUCAAUGGCUAAAGCUCUGACAGCAGCUGUUAAUACGGAGCUGGAAAAUGGAAAACUUCAGAGUCGGUGUAUAAAAAUGGAGUAUUCAAUUAUUCUUUCUCUGGAUCGGUUAGAUGAGAAAUUCCGAGGAUCCAUACUCUACACAAUUGUUGUAGAAAUGAAAAAGCCCAGUAAUGCUUGGUUUAAGGCAAACAUCAAAAUGUUGAGCACCGGAGAGCUCAAAGUACUUGGAAUAAUUGAAAGAGUCAAUGAAUAUGGACAAACUGCUCAUUGCAUUAAAUCUGAAUAUCAUCGACCUUAUUGUUUUUGUAGAAAUCAGAUUAAUGUAUUUUAUGCUCAAGAUAGGAAAAAGAAGAGAAGGUGAUUUAAUGGUUUCUAUAGGAAUUUAAUCUGGUAACCUUUUGAAAUCUGGAGUUUUUGCGCCCGACAUUUUCCGGUUGGCGGAGAGUGUCGGAACCCAGAAAAUGUCGGGAAGUGCAAAACACGACAAUUUUGAGUUUUCCUGGUUGAUAGGUUCUGUAUUUGCAUAAAUUUUAUUUAGUU